UAUUAGGGGAUUCCCUAAUUUGAAGAUUUGCAAGAUGAGGGCCAUCUUCUGCGGGAACUUGGAAUAUGAUGCGCGGCAAUCUGAGGUCGAGCGGGUUUUUAAAAGAUAUGGGAGGGUCGAAAGGGUUGAUAUGAAGUCUGGAUUUCUUGGAUUAUCCAUAUGUUUCUUGGAUUGAUGGGAUUCUCUGCUUUCCCUUUCUGCCUUGUGCCCACGCACCAUCCUCCUAUGUUUUUACUUGAAGAGCCAAUCGGGCUUGCUUGGCACAAACAUAUUCCCUGAGACACUCAUUGCCUUUUCAUUUAUCAUGCCUCUUGUCCAGUCUUCAAUUCCUGACAUGUUUCAACAAUAAAAUCAUGAUGACUUCACAUUCAAUAGCAGGGUUCGCAUUUGUUUAUAUGGAAGAUGAGAAAGAUGCCGACGACGCCAUCAGAAGACUUGACCGAUCUGAAUUUGGGAGAAAAGGGCGGCGUCUUCGUGUUGAAUGGACCAAGCAAGAACGUGACACUCGAAGGCCUGGUGGUGGUGCGAGAAAACCUGCAGCUAAUGACAAGCCUUCUAAAACACUGUUUGUCAUCAACUUUGACCCAAUCUAUACUAAAUCCAAGGACUUGGAAAGGCACUUUGAUGCACAUGGGAAAAUAGCAAACAUAAGGAUUAGGAGAAAUUUCGCAUUCAUUCAGUAUGAAACUCUGGAGGAUGCUACUAGGGCAUUGGAAGCUACAAACAUGAGUAAGGUUAUGGACAGGGUUAUAACUGUGGAAUAUGCGAUUCGGGAUGAUGAUAGAAGCAAUGGUCACAGUCCUGAAAGAAGGGGUAGGGACUUGUCUCCUGAGAGAGGAAGUUACCGUAGGAGAUCUCCAAGUCCUUAUCGCAGGGAGAGGGGUAGUCCAGACUAUGGACACCGCAGGGAUAGAGGUAGCCCUGACUAUGGCCGUGGCGGCAGAUCAGAAGCUAGAGGCAGUCCUGAUUAUGGCAGAGAUGAAAGCCCUGCUAAUGGAAGAUACCACAGUCGCUCUAGACCCGAAGCUCGGGGUAGUCCUGAAUUUGUUAAAGAUGAAAGCCCUGCUAAUGGAAGAUACCACAGUCGCUCUAGACCUGAAGGCCGAGGAACUCCUGAUUAUCCUAAAGAUGAAAGCCCUGCUAAUGGAAGAUACCACAGUCGAUCUAGACCUGAAACUCGGGGAACUCCUGAUUAUGCUAAAGAUGAAGGCCCUGCUAAUGGAGGAAGAUACCACAGUCGAUCACCUCCACCACGAGAGAGGUCGAGAUCCUAAGCAAGGAGAUGGUCACAAAUCGGUCACUGGAAGGGCUAUUUCUGGAGAGAGGAUGAUAUUCUAAGCAAAGAAAUGAUCUUGAAUCAAUAUUUGUCAAGUGCAGUUUUAGAAGAGAGCUAUAGUUGCUUAAAAAGUACCCUAUUUGUGAAAAUGCGUGUAUCAACAAUUUUAGGAUCAAAUUUAAAUUGUGUUAGUGGCUUGAUGUGUUUGAUAAUUGAUAUCCGGGUUAAUUUAUCACCUUUGCUAUUUACAAUCCGAUAAACGUUGCUAUUUUCGUGA